AUGUCACGUUUUUUUAAAUCAGCUCUCGCGAAAGCUGCCUUGGCGACUGGCGGUGCCGUCGGAGCCUCGGUCGUUUACUUAGAUUUCGUGAAGGCUCCCAAUCACUCGGAAUUUAACAAAUCUUACAAACCAUUGAUCACGUCUCUCGAGGCUCCCCCUUCAAGAGACGAUCUUUUGAGAAGAUUAAAGAGCACCGAAAAAUUCGAUGUUCUAGUCAUUGGUGGUGGUGCCACCGGCACUGGUGCCGCUCUUGACGCCGUCACCAGAGGCCUUAACGUAUGUUUGUUGGAGAAGAAUGACUUCGCAUCCGGUACAUCCUCAAAGUCAACCAAAAUGGCUCACGGUGGUGUCAGAUACUUGGAAAAGGCCAUUUUCCAGCUUUCAAAAGAUCAGCUCGACUUGGUCAUCGAGGCCUUGAAUGAGAGAGGCAACAUGCUUCGCACUGCUCCUCACUUGUGCUCGGUUUUGCCGAUCAUGAUCCCUGUUUACAAGUGGUGGCAAGUCCCAUACUUUUUUGUUGGUUGUAAGAUGUACGAUUGGUUUGCCGGUCACCAAAACUUGAGAAAUUCCACCAUUUUCUCCAAGGAGACCACGGCGUCUAUCGCUCCAAUGAUGGAUCACUCCAACUUGAAGGCUUCUUGUGUUUACCACGACGGUACUUUUAACGACUCCAGAAUGAACUCGACUUUGGCCAUUACUGCCAUCAGCCAUGGCGCCACUGUAUUAAACUACAUGGAAGUCAAGCAAUUGGUAAAAGAAGAGGGCAAACUCGUUGGUGUUUUAGCCCGUAACCGCGAAACAGGCGAGGAAUCCCUCAUUAGAGCUACUGCUACUGUGAAUGCUACUGGUCCUUUGGCCGAUAGGCUUUUGGAAAUGGACGCCGAUCCUCAAGGCUUGCCUCCAAAAACCCCGCAAGCUCCAAGAAUGGUUGUCCCCUCAUCCGGUGUCCACGUUGUCCUUCCUGAAUACUAUGGCCCACAAACAAUGGGAUUGUUGGAUCCUUCUACUUCUGAUGGUAGAGUUAUGUUUUUCUUGCCCUGGCAAGGAAAGGUGUUAGCUGGCACCACUGACACCCCAUUGAAGUCUGUUCCCGAGAAUCCUGUCCCAACUGAAGAGGAAAUUCAAGACAUCUUGACUGAAUUGCAAAAAUACCUCGUUUUCCCUGUUCACAGAGAAGAUGUGUUGUCUGCUUGGUCUGGUAUUAGACCAUUAGCCCGUGACCCAUCCAAGUUGCCAAAGGGUAAGGAAGCAUCUGGCACCCAAGGAUUGGUCCGUUCGCAUUUGCUUACUCAAUCAGAGUCUGGUUUGGUUACCAUUUCGGGUGGUAAGUGGACUACUUAUAGAGAAAUGGCCCAGGAGACUAUUGACCACGUUGUAAAGCACUUUGAUUUCGGUGAAACCCAAAUCGGUCCUUGCAAAACUAAUGAACUCAUUCUCAUUGGUGGUGAAGAUUACUCCAAGAACUACUCUGCUAGGUUGAUCCAUAAGUACAAAAUUCCUUUGAAAUUGGCCAAGUACCUCAGUCAUAACUAUGGUUCCAGAUCGUCCCUUAUCUUGGAAUUGUACCAGGAGUCUGACUACAAUAAGUUGCCAGUCACAUUGGCUGCCACCAAGAGCUUUGAGCCUUCUGCUGAAAAAACCACUGACGACAACUUCUUGUCUUACCAAUCAUUCGAUGAGCCAUUCACUGUGGCCGAAUUGAAGUAUUCUUUGAAAUACGAGUACAUCAGAACUCCUCUUGACUUUUUGGCCAGAAGAUCUAGAUUGGCAUUUUUGAAUGCCAGACAAGCCUUGCACGCUGUUGAUGGUGUUGUUGAAAUCAUGAAAGGUGAACUCAACUGGGACGACGAAACCAGCGAGAAGUUGGCCGAGGAGGCUAGAAAGUAUAUCGGGCAAAUGGGAAUUUCUUCUGAGAAAUUCAACGUCACUGACUUCGUUAUUCAAUGA